AAGCUUGGGAUUGGAUGCAUCAGUGCUAGCGAAGAUGGCGGCGGCCGCGGCGAGUCAAGGGAUCGGGACAAAGUUGGCCCUGCGGGAAAUUCGCAUCCACUUAUGCCAGCGCUCGCCUGGCAGCCAGGGUGUCAGGGAUUUCAUCGAGAAACGCUAUGUGGAGCUGAAGAAGGCGCACCCCGGCCUGCCCAUUCUAAUUCGUGAGUGCUCGGAUGUGCAGCCCAAGCUCUGGGCCCGCUACGCAUUUGGGCAAGAGAAGAAUGUCUCUUUGAACAACUUCAGUGCUGAUCAGGUAACCAGAGCCCUGGAGAAUGUACUAAGUGGCAAAGCCUGAAGUCUCUCCAGUAUGGAUGAUGAGGAAGAGCCCCAGAACCCUGGGUUCUGCUGGACUGCAAUGUGGAAAAAUGUGUUCUCUUAUUCCUUAUAAAGCUUAUGCUGAAAAACACUGCCUCUGGAUAUUCUUGUC